UUGCAUCCUCCCCUCCUUGUCUUUCUCCCUCUGCCUCGCCGAAGCACCUGCCUCGGCCUCCUCGCUCGCCCUCCCCCCUUCGCCCCGCCACCCGCCCUCUCGCCACCGCCGCCCUCGGAGGAGAGCGCGCCGCCAUCCCCAGCCAGCGAGCUUUCGCUCCCGCCUCCCCCCCUCCAACCCAACCCCAAUCGCACCGAUGGAGACCGUUGACAUCCCCAAGAGGUCGGUCUACCGGAUGACCGUCCCGGUCAAUGGGCCGAACCGCUGCAUGCUCAUUUGGAAGUUCAGCAUCGCCCGGAAGUGCAUUGGCUUCUCGAUCACCCGGCAGCGCGCCACCGACAAGGUGUUCACCGAGGUUCUGCCGAUGUCGCGCACCGACGGCCACGAGGGCUCCCUGAUCAUCGACGAGCCGGCGGUCUACCUGUUCGUCUUCAACAACUCCUUCUCCAAGAUCACCACCAAGCGCCUGAGCUUCAUUGUGGAGGUGCGCAAGCUGCCGGAGCUGAUGGCCGGGGCUGGCCUCCUUCCCGGGUCCCCGUCGGCCAGCGUGGCUGGGCAAAUCUCCGCCGAGCUGGAGGUUCCGGCCGAGCAGUCGCCGCUGCCCGGAACAGGCGCCAGCGCCGAGCUCGCCGCCGCCGAGGCCGGCGCCUCGCACAGCACUGCCACGUCGGUGAAAACCAACUCCGGCACCGUGGCCGCCACGUCGGCCUCCUCCUCGCCCACUCCGCAGCAGCUGCCCCUGCGCCUGCAGGGGACCACCCAGGGUGCCGAGUCCGAGGACAUUGAGGUGUGCGGCUGGGUCCUGAAGCGCAAGCGCCAGAAGGGCAUCCACGCCUGGUCCAAGCGCUGGCUGACCCUGCGCAGUGGUGGCCUGCUGAGCUACCACAAGACGCCGUCCAGCAACUGCCGCGGCAUCUUCGCCCUGUCCUGCGCAUAUGUCUCGGCGAAUGCCCCCUCGAGGCAACUGAUCGUGGACACCGGCAACUCGGUGCUGCGCAUCCGGGUGCCGGAAAGCGCGGAGUUCCUCAAGUGGGUGCGCGCCCUGUCCCGGUAUCGGGCGGUCCGCGGUGCGGAUCAUCCAAUGCUCCGGGAUGCCGUGGCCGAUGUGACCCCGUCGGCGGGCGAGCCGGCCAAGCCACACCUGGCAACGGCCGACGGGGCCGGGCUCGGGGCCGGUGCCGGGGUGGUCAUCCCUGGCGGUGUUGGUGCCGUGGCGCCCGGCGCCCCGAGCAAGAUCGACGAUGUGCACUUCGACCUGGAGGUGGCGCGUGUGAAGCUGGAUGUGGCAGACGAUGCGCUGUCCUUUGCCUCGGGGCUGCUGCUGGCACACCAGGCGGUCCUGGGUCCGGCAGCGGCGGCCGCCCUGAGCCGUGUCGUGGCCGAUGGCCAUCACCAUGGCGGGGACUCGGACUCCAGUGAUGACGAUGAGUCGGAGCCCUCGCUGUCGGCGGAUCUCGCCUCGCCGACGAUGGCCAUUGCCGGUGUCGGGGCUUCUGCCUCCGGGCCGCUGGCCGGCUCCCCGGAGGACGCGUUGGUGCGUCUGCUGGACGCGUUGCAGGCCCUGCGCAGCGCGUACAGCCUGCUGUCUCUGUCGGAGCGCUCGUUGGCCCAGCACCUUCCGGCGUCCGGCACGUCCGGGGUCUUGCUCACUGGGUCUGGCCGUCUGCCGAGUGUGGCCCCUGUCGUCGCUACGGACCCGCGCUUCCUGGCCGAUAGUGACGAGGACUUCUUCGAUGCGCAGGAGGCCAGCGACAGUGACUCGUCCGACGAUGAUAUGGACCUGGGUGCCGGCGAGUCGGUGGACGUGGUCAAUCGUGUUGUUAUUCCCCAGGCGGCGACCGCGCCGGCCGCCGCGGCUGCCACGGCCCUGACACCGGCACCCGCCGGUCUGCGGCCAACCGGCAUGACCACAAGCGUUCCCCGACUGGCGCGCAAGACCCUGCUGGUUCCAUCGCCGGCCGAGGUGCCGGACGUCGGGCUAUUUGGCCUGCUUCGCAAGAGCCUCGGCAAGGACAUGAGCCGCAUCUCCAUGCCGGUUGUCCUGAAUGAGCCGCUCAACGUCAUGCAGAACCUCUGCGAGGAUUUGGAGUAUGCAGCCCUACUGAACCAGGCUGCCUCGUCCGACAAUCCCCUUCGGCGUCUGGCUCUGGUGUCGGCCUUUGCCGUAUCCAGCUAUGCCCGGACGGCGGUGCGCUUCAACCGGAAGCCCUUCAACCCGCUGUUGGGCGAGACCUUCGAGUUUGUCCAGCCGGCCGGGCCGGGCCCGGCCGGGCCGGGGUUCCGCUUCUUCAGUGAGAAGGUCUCGCACCACCCGUUCAUCGUGGCCACGCACUGCUCUUCAAUCAACUACACCAUGUGGCAGGAUCUCCGCCCGACGCAGAAGUUCGGCGGCCGGUCCAUCGAGAUGUCCUAUGGCGGGACGGUGUUCCUGGACCUGCACGUGGCGGCCGGCCCCGGCGGUGCCCCGGUCACCGAGCGCUACAGCUGGGAGCGCGUGACCUCCACCCUGCGCAAUGCCCUGAGUGCCAAUCGCUCGAUCGAGCAUCACGGCACCAUGGUGGUGGCCAGCGAGUUGGCCACCGGGCGUGCUGUGGCCGAGAUCGAGUUUGUCGCUGCCAGCGGUGGCGGCUUCUGGGGCGGCGGCGCCAGCGCGUCUGCCAACAAGAACGAAGUGACCGGACAGCUGUCCGUGCCAGGCUGUCCGGCUGGCACCCUCUCCGGCCGGUGGGACGAAUCGCUGCAGUUCUCGGCUCCCCAGCUGGCCAAUGGCGAGGUCAUCUGGCGGGCAACCCCCCCGCCGGCGAACCACCUCCAGCAGUUCGGCUUCUCGGAGUUCGCGGUGGGCCUCAAUGACCCGAACCAGUGUCCGGAGCUGCUGCCCCGGACGGAUACUCGCUUCCGCACGGACCAGCGCAUGCUGGAGGAGUGCCAGUUCGAGGAGGCCGAAGUGGAGAAGGACCGCCUGGAGAACCGCCAGCGCGCGGCCCGCGAGCAGGCCAUGGCCGAGCUCGGUACCACUUCCCCGCCGACGUGGAACCCGCGUUGGUUCCAGACCGACGAGGCCGGGCGCUUUGCCUUCACCGGCGAGUACUGGACCGUGCGUGACGGCGCGGGCGGCUUCUCCGGCGAGGACCUGCCCGAUCUGUACUCCGACGGCCCGGUGAGCUACCGGACCUGAGGGGCGGGGGAGGUUGCAUAUGUGUACAUGUGUGUCUUUGUGCGUGUGUCUUUGUGCGUGUGCGCGGCGCGGGGGCCCCGCCUCCUCUUGGCCCUUCCCUUGUUGCUUCCCCCGCCCCCCCCCUGCGUCGUGUGCCCCCCCGGUGCAGCGCGGGACCGCGGGGCGUCCUUCUUCUUCUUCUUCUCCUGCGGCCUUCCGCGCCGCCCAAGCGCCAACGCAUCAGUCGCAUUGGUGCGAGUACCCUCAGAAUGUCAUUUCAAAUACAUAUGCCCACGCUCAA